AUGGCGACCGAGCACACGCCGCUGAUACAGACGGUCGAGGUGCGGCCGUACGUGCGCGAUCGCUAUCCGCACCACCGCCUGCGCUUCUGGUGCACGACGGCACUGUCUACGCUGAUGCUGGCCGGCGGUCUCGUCGCGGUCCUGCUGUUCGGCUUCGACUGGCAGGCCGAGUCCGAGAGCGACCUGUCGGCUCUGCACAAGCACGCACAGUCGCGGAAGAUCACCGAGGCUUGGUCGCGCCGCACCAGCCUCGACUACGAUGACCUGCAGGCGAUCCUGCUCGAGACGCCCGACGCCGAACGUGCGCGCGAGUGGAGUGAGUACUACACCAGCGGGCCGCAUCUGGCCGGCAAGAACCUGACGCAGGCGCUGUGGACCAAGGAGCGCUGGCAGGAGUUUGGCAUCGAGAGCAGCAUUGUCGACUACGAUGUCUACAUCAACUACCCCGCGGGCCACCGCCUGGCUCUGCUGGAGAAGGACGUGGUCAAGUUCGAGGCGCGACUCGAGGAGAACGUGCUCAGCAAGGACAGGGCGAGCCAGUCGGCCGACAGGGUCCCCACCUUCCACGGCUACAGCGCGUCCGGCAACGUCACUGCCGGCUAUGUGUUUGUCAACUACGGCACGUACCAGGACUUUGAGGAUCUGAAGGCCGCGAACAUUGACCUCGAGGGCAAGAUUGCGCUGGCCAAGUACGGCGGCGUCUUCCGUGGCCUGAAGGUCAAGCGUGCGCAGGAGUGCGGCAUGGUCGGCGUAGUCAUGUACAGCGACCCUGGCGAUGACGGCGAUGUCACCGAGAAGAAUGGCAACAAGACCUACCCAGACGGCCCGGCACGCGAGCCCAGUAGCGUCCAGCGAGGCAGUGUGCAGUUUCUGAGCUUCGCUCCCGGCGACCCAACGACACCAGGCUACCCAUCCAAGCCCGGAGUUCCGCGGGUGCCUGCGGACCACGCCAUUCCCUCGAUUCCUUCCCUUCCCAUCUCGUAUGAAGACGCACUUCCCCUGCUCAAGGCCCUGAAUGGCCAUGGACCAGAGGCCUUCUCGUUCAGCAAGUCGUGGCAUGGCGGCGGCCUCGACUACAAGGGCGUCGAAUACAACAUCGGCCCCUCCCCAUCGGGCCUCACCCUUAACCUCGUCAACGAGCAAGAGUACGUCACAACACCCCUCUGGAACGUCAUCGGUAUCAUCAACGGCACCAUUCCCGACGAAGUCAUCGUCAUGGGCAAUCAUCGCGACGCCUGGAUCGCCGGCGGCGCAGCCGACCCCAACAGCGGCUCCGCCGCCUUCAAUGAAGUGAUCCGCAGCUUUGGCAUCGCUCUUCAAUCGGGCUGGAAACCUCUCCGUACUAUCGUCUUCGCCAGCUGGGAUGGCGAGGAGUACGGGCUCAUUGGCAGCACCGAGUGGGUCGAGGAAUUUCUCCCCUGGCUCUCCGGAUCCGCAGUCGCCUACCUGAACGUCGACGUGGGCGCGGGGGGGCCAUCAUUCAAACUCUCUGCCGCGCCGCUGCUCAGCCGCCUGGUACAGGACGUGCUCCCGCUCGUCGCAUCGCCCAACCAGACUGUUCCCGGUCAGAGUGUAAACGACACGUGGGACCAGCACAUCGCCACCAUGGGCUCCGGGAGCGAUUUCACAGCCUUCCAGGACUUCGCAGGCAUCCCGAGUAUCGACAUGGGCUUCGGCGAGGGCCUGAACGACCCCGUGUAUCACUACCACAGCAACUACGACUCCUUCGAUUGGAUGAAUCGAUUCGGCGACCCCGGGUUCCAGUAUCACGCCACUAUCGCACGCAUCUGGGCGCUCGUCGCCGCAAAGCUCGUCGAGACACCGGUCCUGCAGCUCUCAGCAAGCGACUAUGCGACAGGCCUGGACAAGUACAUCGACUCUGUGAAGGCAAAGGCAAAGCAGAGCGAAUGGAAGGCGGAGGAACAUGUCUUCCAGCCCCUCGAGCACGCAGCAUCCCACUUCUCCUUCGCAGCCGCGAUCCACGACGGCCUCGCUGCGCAAUUGCUGGAUGACUACUACAAUCUCUCUAUCCCCUGGUGGAAGCCCUGGCUGCGCCUGCGCCUCCUCCUCGCGAUCCGCAACGCGAACACAAAGUACAAACUUCUCGAGCGCAAGUUUCUGCACCCCGAGGGCCUGGAUGAGCGACCGUGGUUCAAGCACAUUGUUUUCGCGCCGGGCAAGUGGACGGGCUACGCGGGCGCAACUUUUCCCGGCAUUGUCGAGGGCGUGGAUGAGCGCGAUGCCGUGAAGGUGCAGAGGUGGGUUGGCAUCGCGGCGGGGAUCAUCGAUGCGGCUGCGGAUUUCCUCGAGAAGGAGUAG